AUGCAGGACUUCAGCACUUUCCUGAAAGGAAAGCCCACACUGCCAUCUCUAUGGACCGGUAACAUCAACUUCGCCAAGCUCAACCCCAUCCCCCACCGAUAUCGACCCAGUCGAGCAAAGAGAAACCAGAAGAAGCGCGCAUCCGGAAACUACGCUGGCGCCGAAGAUGUCACUUCACUGCAAAGGUCGCUCAACCCUCUCGACACAUUACGGAAACUGCAAAAUCACAAGUGGCGCCUCCUCGACCUGCAGUACACGAUCCUCGUCGCCCUCAUCAUUUUCUCGCUCUGCAUUACGCCCUCAGCGCCACUAAUCAAGACCCUCGCCGUCACUGGAGGCCUCCUGCUUUUGACGAUACCUGUUACGAGCCAGUUCUUCUUCCCAGGAUUGAGUAUAUGGGCAUACCUCAUCUAUUUCUUUUGUAGCCGCUUCAUUGAUGCGAAAUACCGCCCCCACAUCUGGGUUCGCGUCCUCCCCGCCCUCGAGAACGUCCUUUACGGUGCCAACCUCUCCAACAUUCUGUCCGCCCACACCCAUCCGGUUCUCGACAUCCUCGCCUGGAUCCCUUACGGACUCGGCCACUUUGGCGCUCCCUUCAUCUGCGCUGGCUUCCUCUUCCUCUUUGCCGCUCCCAAGACGCUUCCGAUUUUCGCCAAGUGCUUCGGAUGGUUAAACGUUCUCGGCGUAACCAUCCAGCUUGUCUUCCCUUGCACUCCUCCGUGGUACGAGAAUGAGCAUGGUCUCGCUCCGGCUGCGUACGGCAUGUCCGGAUCCCCCGCUGGUCUGGCCCGUAUUGACGCUAUUCUCGGCAUCGAUAUGUACACCACCAGUUUCUCGACCGCUCCGGUUCCUUUCGGCGCUUUCCCGUCGCUGCACGCUGCGGACGCCGUCAUGGAGGCUCUUAUCCUGAGCUACUGCUUCCCCCGCUUCCGUCCUCUUUUCGUCAUCUACGUUGGAUGGAUUUGGUGGGCGACCAUGUACCUCAACCACCACUACGCGGUCGAUCUGGUUGGUGGCUCUCUGCUCUCCGCCGGAAUUUUCUACUUCGCCAAGGCCCGAUACUUGCCUCAGCAGCAGGCUGACAAGAAGACUCGCUGGGAGUACGACUACGUUGAGAUUGGCGAGCAGACUAAGGUUUUCGAUGAGGAGUACGGACGGAUGUAUAACAUGGGAUACCUUCAGCGCCGCGGCAGCUCCGAUAGCGAUGAGUGGACAGUUGGUAGCAGCUCCAGCUAUAGCACAUCCAGUCGGGGUAGCGGAAGUUUGAGCCCCGCCCUUUCCGAAGAAUCCGGUCGCAGCAUUUUCAGUAUCGAGAUCAGACCCGACAACGACAGAUACGACAUCCCCCAGCUCACAGAGGUGGCUGUGCGAUAA